AUGGCUGCGGCUGCGGCGGCGUCGUUGUUCGAUGCCCUGGACAAGGACGGCGACGGCAAAGUAUCCGCGUCCGAGCUGCGCGGCUGCAUGGCGGCCGCUCUCGGCGAGGAGGAGGCCGCGGCGGCCGCCGUCGCGGCGACGGACGCCGACGGGGACGGCCUGCUGGACCGCAGCGAGUUCCUUAGGCUGGCCCGCGAGGCCGACGGCGACGACGCGGACGGCAGGCGGCGGUACCCGCGGGCGGCGUUCGGGAUGUACGCGGACGACGCGUCGGAGGCCGCCGGCGCGGGAGGGCAGUACAUCACGCCAGCGAGCCUGCAGCGGAUGCUCAGCCGGCUGCUGGGCUCGCAGCAGCAACAGCUGGCCUUGGACGAGUGCAGGGCCAUGAUCUGCCGGUUCGAUCUCGACGGCGACGGCGUCCUCUCUUUCGAGGAGUUCAGGGUCAUGAUGCAUGACGGCCUCAUAUGA